UUCUAUUUGCUUCUUGUUUAAAAUUCCUGAGUGGAAAAUUAUAUUAGAAAGAAAAAUCAAAUUCGUGGGUGGAUUGUGAAAGCUGCGAACUGAGGUAGAAAGAACACCUGAUGGCGGCGCCGGCGAUGGCAGCCAUGAAUUCCGUCUCUCUCUUACGUGGUCCCUUGUCUCUCCGAGCACUGCACUUUAUCAGAAUUUCAAAUCCCGUCCCCCGGAAUCCACUGUUUCGCGCUCCUUUUCACUUCCGCAGAGUCUCAUCGUCGGUAAGUGCUAUAAGUGAUGAAGAGGCUGCUGCUAGAGCUGCUGCAGUCAAUGCUGAUAGUGGCGCACCAACAAUAUUUGACAAGAUUAUUUCAAAGGAGAUCCCUUCAACCAUUGUAUAUGAGGACGAAGCAGUACUUGCUUUUAGAGAUAUCAGCCCACAGGCUCCUGUUCAUGUUCUUGUCAUUCCGAAGUUAAGAGAUGGUUUAACCGAACUUGGCAAGGCUGAAAAAAGACAUGAAGAGAUAUUGGGUCGCCUUCUUUAUGCUGCCAAGAUAGUGGCAGAGAAAGAAGGCAUCAUUGAUGGUUUUCGUGUUGUUGUUAAUAGUGGCCCAUCUGCUUGUCAAUCAGUUUACCAUCUUCACUUACAUGUGCUAGGAGGGAGACAGAUGAAAUGGCCACCAGGUUAAGAUACAAGUCAAAGGCUUCUAAUAUCUUUUGGUCUUCCUUGUUGCAGAGUUUCUGAAAACUUUUUAUGCAUCUGAUCUGUUCACUAUUUGUUGGCAAGACUUGUUUAAUAAAACACAAAGGACUAGAACUUUAUACUAAUAUGUCCUUUUCUUUGUGAAGAUGUUGUGAAAUGCUACACAUGAGGUCAUAGAUCUAGAGGAAUAGCCAGCCAUUUCCCAGAUUAUUGUUCACAUAAUCUGUUGAAGGCAUCUGGUUCUCCAGAUGCCACACGGAUUCUCAUCGAUACCUUAAAUUGCCAUGGCCUUGAAAAUUGUUUUUGGAA